GAGCUCGUUGCCCCCGCUCUGUCUCGCAGGACGCAGGCACGCAGACGCAGCCGUCAAUUUAAAGCUGCCCGUUCGCCCGGUUCAACCGCCGCGUUUUUUAACCCCCUCCCCGUCGCUUUCCUCUGCGCCCACCACUACCACCAGUUCACCACCACCGCACCGGGGACGGCGGCCAGAUCGGCCGGCGAGAAAACGGAGAAAAGAAAACCAGCCACAAGAGCGCAGGGCUAAACAACUCGCGCGGAGGGCGUCGCCAGUUGCGCAAUUCUUUUUCGCUGCGCACAUGGCCCCUCCGCCCCUGCGGGCGCGAUUCCUUGCACCACCAGCUGCCUCCGCCACCCGCACCCCACUGCGCGCGCAUUUUUUAUACUAUUCUCGUCACAUGGCCGCUGCGCCCCCCGCCCCGCUCGCGGCCAUUAGAUCCUCCUCUGCAAACUCCACCCUCUUCCUCCAAACCUCGCCUCAGCUUCCGGUCGCAUUGACCCCCCCCCCCCCCCCCCCCCCCCCCCCCGCACCUGCCUCCUGCGCCUCUGCUUGCGUGCGGCGCCGCUCCUUCCGUCGAGGCCGUGACGAGUCGCCGGGGACGGCGUCUCUCCGAGCCGCGCCUUGUACUUCCAGAUAAGAAGCACCUUCUGAUUCUUGCUCUGGCAUUGGUUACUCAGUGGAACUGUUAUGCUAUCCGUUAUAUGAUUCUCAGAGAACAAGGAGCAUUUAAAUUUCACUCAUGGAUUAAUGUCACCAGCUAUAGUCAGCAACAUCAUCUGUUGGGUUCAACAGUCAGCUCAUGUGUGAGUAAAAUUUCAAUGUGAACAGAAAACCGUGCUGAUUAUUGAGAAAGAUGGGGGACGACUACCUAGCUGAAACUGAACCUGAGGAUGAGGUUGCACAAUCAAUGUGGCCUGAGAACAUAGUAGACAAACACCAGAGGCAGUUCAGAAUGGAAAAGUUUAGGAAGGACCAAGAUGCUUUCAAGGAUGUGAAGUUUGAUGAAAAGCCUGUUCACGUGGACUUUCAGCGGCUUAUGGAAAUGGCAAAUUCUGAGAAAGGUGUUUCUCAGAUGCAAUACUUUAUGAAGCACUGGGAAUAUAAGAGAGCCAAUGCUGCUCGGCUUCUGGAGGAAGAGCUUGGUCUUCUCUGCCAACAAAGAAAAGAGAUUGAACAAAACAAGCAAGAAAUCUUGGAGGAGCAACGCUUUCAGGAUGAGAGCUAUUAUGCUGUAAAGCGGCAUGUACCAAUACUGGAUGAAGUUUAUGAAGAUGAAUGGAAGCGACCGAGCAAAAAGAAUGAUGAUCUCUCUCAUAGUAGAGAGACUAAAAUAGACGCAGAUCAUGACAGUGUUUCCUACUGGAAAGAGAGGGCAACUAAGUUAGAGGAAAAACUUGAGGAAAGCAUCCAAAGGGAGCGUUCUUUGGUUGAGAAAUUGGAGGAAAAUAUAAAGAAUCUGCAGUCACACACACCAGCUGAGGAAUUCUCUGGAAUGCUGAAACGUGCUGAUUACUUCUUGCACUUGGUUCUACAAAGCGCUCCUAUUGUUAUUGCUCAUCAGGAUGCUGAUUUACGGUACCGUUUCAUAUUUAACCACUAUCCAACACUUGCUGAUGAGGAUGUUAUUGGUAAGACCGACUACGAGAUAUUAUCCGGUGAGGGUAUAGAAGAGAUGAAUAGUGUCAAGCGAGAAGUUAUGGCCACAGGAAUGGCAACUAAAAGAGAAUUCGCGUUUAAUACACCAAUGUUUGGGGCAAAGACAUUUGUGACAUACAUUGAGCCAGUUUUCAGCAAAGGUGGGGAAGCAAUUGGUGUGAAUUAUGUUGCAAUGGAUAUAACAGAUCAGGUCAAAAGAAGAGAGAAAAUGGCAGACAUAAGGGUGAGGGAAGCUGUACAAAAUGCCAAGGAAACUGAACUUAGCAAAUCUCUUCACAUAACAGAGGAAACAAUGCGAGCAAAACAAAUGCUAGCUACCAUGUCCCAUGAGAUCAGAUCUCCUCUUUCAGGUGUUCUUAGCAUGGCUGAAAUUCUUGCAACUACCAAACUGGAUAAAGAACAGCGUCAGUUGCUAGAAGUUAUGUUAUCCUCUGGAGAUCUUGUAUUGCAGUUGAUCAAUGACAUCCUUGAUCUUUCCAAAGUGGAGUCAGGGGCUAUGAAACUAGAAUCUACGACAUUUAGACCAAGGGAAGUAGUUAAACAUGUACUGCAAACUGCCGCGGCUUCUCUGAAGAAGGAAUUGACCCUUGAAGGUUGCAUAGGUGACGAUGUUCCAGCGGAGGUUAUUGGCGAUGUGCUAAGGAUUCGUCAAAUUCUGACCAACUUGAUCAGCAAUGCAGUCAAAUUUACACAUGAAGGGAAAGUUGGAAUAAAUCUUCAGGUCGUGCAUGACAAGCAACCGGUAUGCAAAAUAGAGAGUGGGAAAAUUCAUAAGCGAACGUUUUCUGCGACAGCAAUUACUGCUGCAGAAACUGCUGCUGUCUCUACAAGAAACUGUGAUAAAGAUACUUUGCAUUGCUUGAAGCAUGAAGAUGCUUUUCAGAAUGGUGUUCCAACAUGUGAAAAAUUCACGGAUACUGAGGGAGAUGAAGUUGUUUGGCUUCGCUGUGAUGUAUAUGACACUGGAAUAGGAAUACCAGAGAAGUCCUUACCGUUGCUGUUCAAGAAGUAUAUGCAAGCUAGCGCCGAUCACGCGAGGAAGUAUGGUGGGACAGGGCUUGGCCUAGCAAUCUGCAAGCAGUUGGUUGAGUUGAUGGGUGGUACUCUGACUGUGGUCAGCAAAGAGAGCGAAGGAUCAACAUUUACAUUUGUGCUGCCUUGUAAAAUCCCUGAAAAAGAGGAGCAUAGUGAUGAUCCCGAUGAAGUGCACAGUUGUCAGAAUGAUUCCGCAAAUAGCGAUAUAGAAGGUUCUUUCUUUUUUAAGCCACAAAUGCGGGCUUCCCUUCUGUCUCCUGGAGUUUCAAUAAUGAACAACACAAAGUUAUUCAGUACCAAGCUUAUGUGCUAUGACCCGCCUGACAUACCAGAUGACCGCAAAUUGUUCUUAAAUGGUUUCUCAUCAGCAGAACAUAAUUUUACAAAUACUUCUACUACUCAACAACCGAAUGGUGCUAGUGUUAGGAGCACAGCUGAAGAAGAACAUGAUAAUGCAAUGGUCCUUGAACUGAAUAGUCAAGCUGAACGGGUUUCCAGUUCCCGAGGAGACUUGGUAUCCGUUUCAGGUGCUGCUCCAUGCAAAGUUCCUGAAGAACAAUCACUCCACAAGAAAUCAAAAUGUUCUCCAACCAGCAACAAAGCAAAGAUCCUCCUAGUUGAAGAUAACAAGGUCAACAUAAUAGUGGCAAAAUCAAUGCUGCAGCAGCUGGGCCAUGGAAUAGAUAUCGUAAAUAAUGGGAUGCAAGCAAUCCGUGCAGUACAGCAGCAUCAAUAUGAUCUUAUUCUGAUGGAUGUUCACAUGCCAGAAAUGGAUGGCCUGCAAGCCACUAAACUUAUCCGGUCUUUUGAGAAUACCGGCUGUUGGGAUGUUUCUGUAAAGCCUGAAGAUAAUCCGAUGAUAACUGACUCAGCUAUUUCAUCAGAUUCUGCACAUGCAAAAAAGCAAGGGCAGAGGGUUCCUAUAAUCGCGAUGACAGCGAAUUCAUUCGCAGAGAGUGCCGAGGAAUGCCUUGCUGCAGGCAUGGAUUCCUACAUAUCUAAGCCGGUGAACUUCCAGAAUAUAAAAGAGUGCCUGCGGCGGUACUUGGUGUCUCAGUGACUAACCGACUAUUGUAAAGUAGAAAGGUAAUCUGUGUAGGCCAGGAAAGUUUUGUGGAAUCACCUACGAGUUCGUUUGCUGUAAAUCGAUGCGUAAUAAAUACGCUUCUGGGAGACAGAGACAUACUGAAUCUGACCUAAUAACCCCACCAGUAAGACCAAGAGCUACUAACUCUGAACUUUAGGAUCCCAUUUGGUUACGAGGCAUAUCCCUGUAUAUAAUUGUCACGGAGGUUCUUAUCCUUUAGCAGUUAGUCUUCUAUCUGCAUCGUAAUUGAUGAGCAACAUCGGUUUUAUGAUGAUGUGGUGGAGAAGCAAAGGUGUAAUACAGCAAUAAGUGUACAUGUAUUGCUGGAACAUUUAUAGAUCAAACCUGCCAUCUUUUUCGGUGCAAAAUAUUAUAAUAAUCCACGUUCAAAGAUUUCGAAGUU